CCACCAGGCACUCGACGACGCUGGGCCUCUCGUUCGAGAUGGGCACGCUGUACUACGAGCUCGAGAGCACCGCGGCCACCCUGGCCGGCGCCGUCAACGCCAAGUGCAGGGCAUUCGCGGUGACGAGCAGGGACGCGAUCUGCGGGCCGAACAAAGCGGUCGAUGACAACAGCCAAAAGUUGCCCCAAGCGCAACUCACGUACGCUACGUUCGCGAAUUCCACCGUGAGGAAGAGAGUGUUCUUCUCGGACUUCAAGACCAGCGCCGUCGAUAGGUACAACCUCGUCAGUCAAGGAAGGGGCAGCAUCGGCCUUCGUUCCCGGGUGGCGUGGAUGCUGUUCAACGUGCACUUGGAAGACAUAAGAAAACAUUGCGGGAGAGAUCCUUACGAACCCGAACUGACCUUCUGUAGCACCUUUCUUGGCAAGAGGUGCUGAACCGGCGGGGGGAUUCAAUGAA